CGCUUGCGUGUCAAGCCAACUCGUUCCAGGGCCGACAUCUCAUUGGCCAGCGCCACGAUGAGGCGGAGUAAUCUCUCCAGGUCAGCGACGACGUCACCGCGCUCUAGACCAAUUAGCUCCCGACGAUUUGUCGCAAAAGUUCCGGGGACGACCUAAACUUGAAUCCUGUGAUGGCGCGUUUCCUCCUCCCUUAUCGUCAUUCCUUUUUAAAUAUGUUACAAUACUCUGCGAUUUGAGCAUCGCGAUAUUCACUCCUUAAGCACUCUAAGCGCGUCGUGAAACAUGGCGGCGCAAGCGAGACUCACGGAUCAUAACGUCCAUGAUACGGAUGUUGAGAGCAAUCAUGGAAUUGAGAGGGAUGAGGGGCAGACGGAGCAGUCGCCUUUGCUGCCAAGUGGCACGCAGGGAUAUGAUGAGCCGUCCAAGUCGUUGAGACGACGCGCUUUGGCUAUGGGCAUGCUGGCUCUUCUCAUGGUCGAAGUGAGCCAGUUCAUCAUGAACCCUCCGACCAAGAAGAUCACCGAGGAUAUCAUCUGCCGACAGCACUACCCUGAUCAUUUAAUCGGUGCAUUUGAUACAGAUGACUAUCGCUGUAAAGAUACUCCAGUUCAGAAGACGUUGGCUAUGGUCCAGGGAUGGGGCCAGGCCUUGGAGAUGGGAGUCCCAAUCUUGACGCAGUUCCCGUAUGGUAUCGUUGCUGAUAAAUAUGGAAGACGGCUUGUUUUGUUUCUAGCCAUGCUCGGAUGCUGUCUCUCAACAGCUUGGCUCUUAUUAGUCCUGUCGUUCCCUAACGUCUUUUCAAUUUGGGCUAUCCUCGGCGGAGAUAUCUUCCUCCUCAUCGGCGGCGGAGGACAAAUGGCUGUUGCAAUGGUCUACACCAUCGUCGCCGACGUCGUCCCCGUCUCGGAACGAACAGACAUGUUCUUCCGCCUCGUCGCCCUAGUCCUAAUCUUCAACGUCAUCUUCAACCCCAUAUCCGCAUGGCUACUUCAAUUCGACCCCUGGUUAUCCAUGUGGAUUGGCUUUGGCUUCAUGGUCUUUGGGACGAUGUGCAUUCUCCUCAUCCCUGAGACGAUGCAUCUUCGACGCAAGGAUGAUAAGAGACAUAAUGAAGAGCAUGAAAAUGAGCAGCUUCAUGGUGUUUCUUUGAGGAAGCAUAAUGUGUUGAAACAGGUUUGGUUCAGCAUUCAGAACGACAUGCAGCAUGUUUGGCGGUUUAUCGUUGCGGACAAGAGUAUUAUGAUGCUCAUGCUUGCAAUUGCGUUCUUCUUUCCUGUCAGAACUGUACUUACGGGAGUGCUGUUGCAAUACAUGAGCAAACGCUUCGAUUGGUCAUGGUCCAAGGCAACAUAUAUCUCGACGAUUGGAAUCGUAGCGACAGUAGUGUGCUACCUUAUAAUUCUCCCUGUGGCAUCCGACUUCCUCAACAAGAGCCGUCGCUACAAAUCACGCCCCGUUGCAAGAGAUUUACUCCUUGCGCGCAUCACCAUCACGAUCAUGGCAGCCGGAUGUUUGCUGAUGGGCGUUGCUUCAGUCCCAUGGCUAUUUGUCAUUUCUCUCAUCACCGUCAGCAUUGGCAACUCUUUCGUGGCACUCAGCAGAGCAUUGAUUAAUGCUCUGGUUGAGCCGCAUACCAUUGCUACCUUGAACACUACCAUUUCUCUUAUUGAAGUCAUCAUGGGGUUGACUGCGCCCGCAAUGAGCUGGCUCUUGGGUCGCGGUUUUGAGUUGGGUGGUCAGUGGAUGGGAUUGCCAUUCAUGGUAACCAGUCUUAUGGCUAUAGCGACAGCUGUGAUGCUGUUUAUAGUGAAGCUACCUGCUUCUGGUAUUGCGCAAGCUCGCGAGGGUUGAGCUCAGCGCUUGGUGGGAUAUACAAGGCAACAAGGGAGUCGGGGGUUAUGCGAGCCUGUGAUAUUUCGUUUAUUUUUAGAAUACUUAGACAUUGCAAUAUAUGAGCAAGUGAUUAUUAAGUACCUUAUUCG